CUUACAUUACUCUUUAGAUCUCCCUUGAAGAGGGCUGGUAUAUUUGUGUCUGCUGGAAUUAACAGUAAGAAGGAGAAAGAGAGUGAAGGGACUUACAGGAAGGUUUGCAAGUAAAUUCAGGAAAACACAUUGACUUGAACAGUACAAUCUUGAGUCUUGUUUCACACUAAGACGACACAAAAGAUGUUAACGUUAUCACCAAGCUGCCGGACAAAUAUAUAUUCCAACACCAAGGUGCAGAUCAGCAUAGAUCUGUGAUUCAGAAAUCAGGAUUUGUCUUGGAAAGAGCUCAAGGGUUGAGAAGAACUCAAGAGCGAGUGAAGAUCACUUUGGGGACUACAGUUUACUAGAAGAUCAACUUCCGUUCAUUCAGAUACCAAAGGCCUGAUUAUCAUAUAUUGAUAUAGGAAUGCAUAAGUCAUCUGAUCAAAUAAUAUUAGCCGUCUUCUGCUCCAUCCAUGCAGCAAAAACUCCUAACAACUGUGGAUAAUUGGAAAUCUGAGUUUCAGCUUUCUUAGAAUUAACUACUCUUGACAUAUUCCAAAAUUUUGAAAAUAGGACAGGAAAAUCAGUGAGGAUGUGUGUUCAGAAAUAUCACUGUCAUGAAGAAUAGGUAAAUGUGUUUUUCAGCUACUGGGAAAAUAUACCUCCUAAGAACUUAGGUUUGUUUUUGUUUUUUUGUUUUUUUUUUUGGUAAGAGGACAAGAACGACUAAAAAUAUCAACUUUUGCUUUUGGACAAAAAUGCAUCUGACUGUAUUUUUACUUAGGGGUAUUGUGGGUUUCCUCUGGAGCUGCUGGGUUCUAGUGGGUUCUGCGAAAGGAAGUUUGGGAGACAAUCAUGUUCACUCCAGUUUUAUUUAUAGAAGACUACGGAACCACGAAAGACGGGAAAUACAGAGGGAAAUUCUCUCUAUCUUGGGUCUGCCUCACAGACCCAGACCAUUUUCACCUGGAAAACAAGCUUCCUCUGCACCUCUCUUUAUGCUGGACCUGUACAAUGCCAUGGCCAGUGAGGAGAACCCUGAGGAGCCGGAGUACUCUGUGAGGGCAUCCCUGGCAGCAGAGACCAGGGGAGCCAGGAAGGGCUCCCCAGCCUCUCCCAAUGGGUAUCCUCGCCGCAUCCAGUUGUCUCGAACGACUCCCCUGACCACCCAGAGCCCUCCUCUAGCCAGCCUACAUGAUGCCAACUUUCUGAAUGAUGCUGACAUGGUCAUGAGCUUUGUCAAUUUAGUUGAAAGAGACAAGGAUUUUUCUCACCAGCGAAGGCAUUACAAAGAAUUCCGGUUUGAUCUUACUCAGAUUCCUCAUGGAGAAGCAGUGACAGCAGCAGAAUUCCGGAUAUACAAGGACCGGAGCAACAGCCGAUUUGAAAAUGAAACGAUUAAGAUUAGCAUAUAUCAGAUCAUUAAGGAAUACACAAAUAGGGAUGCAGAUCUGUUCCUGUUAGACACGAGAAAGGCCCAAGCUCUAGAUGUGGGUUGGCUUGUCUUUGACAUCACUGUGACCAGCAAUCAUUGGGUGAUUAAUCCACAGAACAAUUUGGGCUUACAACUCUGUGCAGAAACAGGAGAUGGACACAGCAUCAGUGUAAAGUCGGCUGGCCUCGUGGGAAGACAUGGGCCUCAGUCAAAACAACCGUUCAUGGUGGCCUUCUUCAAGGCGAGCGAGGUCCUUCUCCGAUCUGUGAGAGCAGCCAACAAACGGAAAAAUCAAAACCGCAAUAAAUCUAGCUCUCAUCAGGACUCCUCCAGAAUGUCCAGUGUUGGAGACUAUAACACAAGUGAACAAAAACAAGCCUGUAAGAAGCAUGAACUCUACGUGAGUUUCCGGGAUCUGGGAUGGCAGGACUGGAUUAUAGCGCCAGAAGGAUAUGCUGCCUUUUAUUGUGAUGGAGAAUGUUCUUUCCCACUCAAUGCCCAUAUGAAUGCCACCAACCAUGCCAUCGUUCAGACUCUGGUUCAUCUGAUGUUUCCUGACCACGUACCAAAGCCUUGCUGCGCGCCAACCAAAUUAAAUGCCAUCUCUGUGUUGUACUUUGAUGACAGCUCCAAUGUCAUUUUGAAAAAAUACAGAAAUAUGGUAGUGCGUUCGUGUGGCUGCCACUAAUAUUCGAUAAUAAUGGUAUUAAGAAAAAGAUCUGUAUUAAGGUUUAUGACUACAAUAAAAAGUAUCCUUUCAGAUAAAAGGGGAAUUUCAUAAAAUUAGCCUGGCUCAUUUCAUCUCUGUAGCCUGUGUAUAAUAUCAUGUAUAUAGUCACUUUUAUUUAUUUAAAGGUAUAUAUUCUCUUUUGUGGAUGCCUUUUCAGUAAAAUGUAUUUUAUAGGUCAGUGCAUUAUGCAAUAGAUCGCCCCGUCUAACUUUCAAUAGGAUAUGCUGAGUCCAAUUCUAUUCCAUUUCAACAUUUUUUAAUGUAUUAUAAUUUUUAUAUAAUUUGCUGAAAUUAGACAGAACUCCUUUGACUGUUAAGUAUUGUUGAAAGAAACUGAAUGCAUUUGGUUAGGCUGUGCCAAUGAAAACUCUGAUAGGAUAUUUAUUUAGAAAUAAAACUUAAAAAAAAAUAACUGCCCCAAACAAAAAUGCUUGGAGGAACACUUUUUCUUUGAGAGUUUCUGCUUUGUUAGAUAAAGUGAAAUGUUGAACUGGAUUUGAAUAAAGAAACGGGAGGCAGAACACAGAAGCUGAAAGAUUGCACAUAACUGUUAUAACUGUUUGCUUGAACAGAAUUGGUGUAACUGUAGGAAAGUGUUCCUUCUUGGCUCGUGGGUUGUAGAUUUUGCAAAGAGCUCAAAGCUUCAGGAAUUCUGUGGAGACAGACUUGAGCCUGUGUCCAUAACUUUCCAAGUUAACACUAAAAAAGCAUAGUGCAAACUUCUUACCUCAAAUAAAUCAUGUCUGCCUAUUAUCUAGAACACUACUGCUGCAGAUUUUUUUUCAGAUUUAAAAACAGUCCAAAAAAAAAAAAAAAAAAAAAACCAUUUACACAUGCUUCCUUUCCCUCCCCGCAGACAAGAGUCACUGAAUGCAUAAAAUAUACCCAAGCAAAGAGGCCGACAGGACCAUUUUCUGUAGCUCUCUUUUAUAACUGAGUUUGCUGAUUGAUGUGAAGCAAGGGAUUUUAUUUAGGGUAAAAGCACUGAAACUCAACUGGAGGAAAUUACCCCAAAUCCCAGAAUGGCUUUGACAGAAUUGCCAUUUCGAAAGAACAGCUGAAAUCCAUUUUUCAUAUCUUGGAGAAUGAGCUCAUUGAAAACCUUAUUUUGGAGGGGGAUUUUGUAAACCUUCCUCCAAGCACAAAUAAUUCCAAACGGGAAGGUUCUGUUGUGUGUAGGUGCAUGUGUGUUCUUCCCUCUGAAAUUAAUUUAUUUUCUCUCUCUGUUUCUCUCUCUGCCUUUUAAGGCUUGUCUUUAAUCCACUGACUUCUGGAAGAAUGACAUUUAGUGGAUAACUUGCUAUUUAUGUGGGCUCCACGGCUAGGAUUAUUUACAGUUCAUCUAAAAUAUUCAUCAAGUACCAUUUAUUAAUCACCCUUUUGGACUUUUAAAGUAAAACUUGUGUCAGAAAUAGCUUAAAAAUGUUAUGGGUUUGUUCGUGAUUCAGGAAUAUUGCAAUGUUGUUUUUAAAUACAGUUUAUCUUAAAAUAAAUUUGAUAAUAACUAUUGGGGGUACAUUAAGUAAUAUAUUUUUGAAUUAAUGGUAUACCAUUAUAAGAAUAAGAAACGGAAGUCUAUUAUAUUAUUCUUUAAAUGCGCUGUUUAAAUAUAUUUCUAUGUUUUAAAAUAUAUUAAACUUGUGAUG